GUCAGCUUUCCUGCUCCUCUGAUGCUGCCUGGCCUGCUGUGUUCCUCCAGCUCCACACUGUGUUAUCUCCGACUCCAGCAUCGGCGGUUCUUACUGUCUCUUUAGAUUUAUGACAUGUGGUUGCUAAUCAGAUGAGCUAAGGAAGGCUCCUUGCCAGGGUCAAUCCCGCUGAACAAACCGGAAGAAAGACCUAAAUCGCCUCCCGAACUGUGGACGAUCCGGGGGAAAGUAAAUGGCUGCUAACCUAGAGAUUGAUUUGUGUUGUCCUGUUUGCCUGGAUGUCUACCGAGACCCGGUGCUUCUCCGAUGCGGCCACAACUUCUGCAGAGUCUGCAUCGAGAGAUACGUAGAGGAGUCAGAGGAACCACUGACCUGCCCUUUCUGCCGAGCAGAGUUUGAGGAGGAUUCGAUCUAUUGCAAUCGGCAACUGGCCAACGUGAUAGCCGGAGUGUUGGACCUCCGGGUCAGUGCCGGAGCGCAGGAUGGCGACCUGCAAUGUGGGAGACAUAGGAAACCUCUGGAACUUUUCUGUCAGGACGACAAACAACUCGUCUGUUUGAUCUGUGCACUCUCCCAAGAUCACAAAGGUCACAACUGCGUCCUGAAAGAUGAAGCGUAUGAGGAAUGCAAGGAAAUACUGAAAUGUGAAAUUGCAUCGCUGGAAGAGGAGUUUAAAAACUAUACGACAAUGCGCAUGUCACAGGGGCAAAACAUCACUCGACUAUUGGACAUGACAGAAAGCUUAAGAGAAGAAAUUGCAGAGAAAUUUGAAACCUUGCACAAUUUUCUGAAUACGAAGGAAUGUGCAAUCGUACAGAACCUUGCAGAAAAAGAAGAACAUAUUCUGAAACAACUGGAGGAAAAUGUUUUGAUACUUUCAAGAGAGUGUGACAACGUGGAAGCAAUAAUACAAGACAUCUCUGUCGUGGUAAAGUCAGAAGACAGCAACCAGUUAUUGAAGGAAUUUGCCAACCUUAAGAAAAGAUCUGAAUCAAUUUACGAUCCGAUACUGACGAGACCAGAUGUCAAUUUGGAUGAAUUUUAUGGUCCUCUACAGUAUGGAGCUUGGAAACAGAUGAAGAAAGUCAUUAAAAUAGUUCCGAGUCCAGUUCGAUUUGACCCCAAGACAGCCAAUCCUCGCCUUCGCAUAUCAAAUCUUGGACGUAAACUGAUUUACUGCGAAAUACAAUCGGAGCCGCCAGCAACUCCUGAGAGAUUUACAAACCACCUCAGCGUUGUCGCCUCGUCUGGAUUAACCUCCGGAAUUCAUUACUGGGAGGUAAAUGUGAGCGAAGGCUCUGACUGGUAUCUCGGAGUGGCCACAGCAUCCGUCAACAGGAAGGUGCGUGUCGUAACCAAGCCGGAGAACGGCUAUUGGACCAUAGCCCGCAGAUGUGGGGUAAAUUACUUUGCUUAUGGCAGAGAAAGAGUGAUCAUCAAUCCUGAUAUUAAUCUAGAAAUGGUUGGCGUUUACCUCGAUUACGAAAGAGGGAAGCUGUCCUUUUAUGAUGCCGAGGAUAUGUUCCAUAUUUAUACGUUUAGUGAUACGUUCACAGAGGAACUUUACCCGUAUUUUAGCAUCAAUUGCAAUGAGCAGUCUGUAGCGCCGACCUUAGAGCUGUUUCAUCUGGAUUUGUGAUCACCUCCUUUUGAUUCGGAGCUUCUCUCACAGUAAAAAAAUUGAGCAUGACAAAGGCAAAAACACUGAAUCUAGCAUUUUCCAACGUCAUCUUCACUCUUAAUUGCCCUGAGUGGGUUGCUUGGACAGCCAGAGGUUUUUCUAUAAAGAAAACAUAAGAACGUAAGAACUAGGAGCAGGAGUAGGCCAUCCGGCCCCUCAAGCCAGCCCCGCCAUUUAAUAAGAUCAUGGCUGACCUCUUUGAGACUCUGCUCCACUUACUCGCCCACUCACCAUAACCCUUAAUUCCUUUACUGUUCAAAAAUUUACCUAGCCUUGCCUUAUAAACAUUCAGCGAGGUAGCUUCAA